CAGUGAACACUGCAUGACCCAUUUAGGCUACAGCUUGUACAAGAAAGUUAGGGAAUAACAACUUGCCAUAGUUCUAAAUAUCGACCCCCGCUUUAAGCUAUGGCAGUGACCUGGAUGUGUCUCAUUGUGCUUGCCACAUGCAGGGAAACCACUGCAGGAACCUUCUCCCUCCUGGUGCCGGAGGGUCCGAUCUCUGCUCCAUUAGGAGGUUCUGUGGUUCUGUCCUCUGUGGCUUCCUCUUCUUUUGACCCAGAAGAGGUGCGCUGGUACCGACCCAAUCAUGUUCAGAGCCCGGUUCUGUUAUAUAAGUUUUGGAAGAUCAACGAGGAGCCUGCAGACCCUCGGUACCGGGGCAGGGCAUUCUUUACAGCGGGACUACAGAAGGGAGACGCGUCCCUGAGACUGGAGAACCUCAAACUAGCAGACAGAGGAGAGUAUGUGUGCUACGUUCACAAUGGAAGGGAGUACGAGGAGGCCAGCGUCAUAUUAACAGUCAGAGUCACAGGGUCUAUUCCAGUCAUGUCAGUUGGCAUCACUGAAACAAGAGGACAAGUGAAUGUUAGCUGUGCAUCAGAUGGAUGGUCACCUAAGCCCACACUCACCUGGAGAGACAAAAACACCCAGAGGAUCAAACAGAACUUCAGUCACAACCCCUUUUAUGAUGAUGAUGGUUUAAUGGGAGUGAGUUCCUGGCUGCUCUACUCUUCCUCUGAGUCAGAGUGGCUCUCCUGCUCUGUGGGUGUGUCUGAUCAGGAGAGGAGAGAGGGCCGGAUCUUACCAUACAGAGGACAGACUACAGACACAACAGCCCGGUCUGGUGGUUGGACUGCUGCCUUCGUUAUCACUCUGCUGCUCUUGUUGACACUACUGAUUGGGAUGUUUAUCCUGUACAGGAAAGGUUUAAUCCAGUAUCCUGUGACUUCAACACCACCAGAUGGAGAGAGGCCCACAUGUGCUGGGGCAGAAGAGUCUUUACCACUUAAAGAUAAAAUGGAAGGGAAGCUGAAAACUGCAGACAAAGAAACAAACACAGCAGUGACAGAAUGGGCAGAGAAGGACACAAACACGAAUGAUUCCAUCCUUCUGACACCAGAAUGGGACUUAUUGAAAUCACAUACAGUUAAGAACAUCAGUCUGGACACUAGCACUGUCUCUCCCUUUCUGGAGUUGAGAGAUUUGGGAAAAGGAAACACAGAAGUGAGCUGUCCUGAUCCUCUGAAAGCCCAGGGCCAUGGGAACAGGUGUCCCCAUGUUCUGUGUAAAGAGAGAUUCAGAUCAGGAAAGCACUGCUGGGGGGUGAAGAUUUGGAAAGAAGGAAAAAAUAUUGAAGCUAAGAUUGACUCUGACAAAAUAAUAAAACAGAAGCAGUCGUGGUAUGUGGGGGUGUGCAGUGACACAGCAGAGCGAACACUCAGAGUCCCUUUAACCCCAAUGAAUGGCUUCUGGGUUCUUCAGUAUGAGAAAGGAACUGGACUCUUUGCCAACUCUGACCCUCCAACUCCAGUGCAGGUGGCAACAAUGUUUAGAAGGCUGGGAAUGUUUCUGGACUGUGACAAACACACUCUGUCCUUUUACAAUGUGGACACUAAAUUACACUUGUGCACCUUUGAGAAUGUGAGAGCUGCCAAUGUCAACCUUAAAUCACAGUGCACCUCUAAGAAUGAGAGACCUCCCAACAGCCUGAUUCCUCUGAUUAGUCCUGGAGUCAGAGACUCUUUGGUCAUGAAGAUAUGUGCAGAUGUAGAGGGACGCAGUUCCGCAGUUCCGCCACCUCAGAUAAAUUAAUAAUAAAUAUGCUAUGGCGGGCCCGAGCACCUAAAAGAACUACAGAUGAACAGGUUAUGAUGGUUAUUGUUAUUGUAGUGAUGCACAUUUCCUAAUUGAGUUUUACGAAAUGAGUCAAAGGACAACUUGCCUCAUAUUCCCAUUUUCUACUUUAUUU